CGGGUUUGGUUGUGUGUGCACGCUGUAGAGGCGCGACAUAGCUUUGCCGUCUCCGUGACUUAAAAAGUUUUGUAUGAAAUGGGCCCAACGAGCUAGUUGAGCGCCGGCCGGCACGCGGGAUGGACGUGUGCGGAUCUCUCGCGUUUAACUAUGUCGUACUUCGACUAUCUCUGCUAAACUUAAUUAUUGAAAACUAGGUAUAUGUUUUAAAAGUGUUAUGAAGCAUUUCUGUACGAACUUUGGAUACUUUUGAUGCGAAUGACAGUGUUGUUUCCUAUAUUUGGAGCGGAGUGUUGUUGGAUUUUUUGUGGAACGUGUUGGUUCAACGGACUACAGAGGAGAUAAAUAUCAUGUCAACAAACGUUUUGAAUUGAACUGUAACCGAGUUUUAAGUGGCCCAGUUGUGAACUUUUAAGGACUUGAUCAUGUACAGGAGUUUGAGGACUAUGGGGGCAGUGACCUUGGUGGUCCGGUGGUGUCUGAUGCUGCUGGUGGGUGUGGGGUUCCAGGCCCACUCACAGGCGAUCUCGCCACCCUCGGAAGUGGACAGUUCAUACAACUUCUACUAUGAGCAGCCCUGCUGUAACGGACCCACGAUCAAAAGUAAAUACCACGUGCGGCAUAGAAGAGAUCAUGUUCGCGAGUUCACGUGCGGCACCCUGUACUACAGGACGUUCUUCAUGGACUCAAAACGGGACGCCCUGUAUGUCGGAGCCAUGGACCGGUUAUAUAGACUGAACAUGAACAACAUCUCCUCAUCACAUUGUGAGCGGGACGCCAUCAACUUGGAACCUAGCAACGUGGCGCAGUGCGUCUCCAAGGGAAAAUCAGAGCACUUCGACUGCCGCAACCACAUCCGCGUGAUCCAGCCGAUGGGCGAGGAGCGCUCGCGCCUCUACGUGUGCGGCACCAACGCGCACAGCCCCAAGGACUGGGUGCUCUAUUCGAACUUGACUCACCUGUCGCGGCGGGAGUACGUGCACGGCAUCGGCAUGGGCGUGGCGAAGUGUCCGUACGACCCGGCGGACAACUCCACGGCGCUGUGGGUGGAGAGCGGGAACCCUGGGGGACUCCCCGCCCUGUACUCUGGAACCAAUGCCGAGUUCACCAAGGCUGACGCUGUCAUCUUUAGGACGGACCUUCAUAAUGUUACCAGCGGCAGGACGGCGUACAAGUUUAAGAGGACCCUGAAGUAUGACUCCAAGUGGCUUGACAAACCGAACUUCGUGGGUUCCUUCGACGUGGGCGACUAUGUGCUCUUCUUCUUCCGCGAGACAGCCGUCGAGUACAUCAACUGCGGCAAAGCGGUGUACUCCCGCGUGGCCCGGGUCUGCAAGCGGGACACCGGCGGCAAGAACAUCCUCAGCCAGAACUGGGCCACCUACCUGAAGGCCCGGCUCAACUGCUCCAUCCCCGGAGAGUUCCCCUUCUACUUUAAUGAGAUACAGAGCAUAUACAAAGUGCCAGGCGACGACACCCGCUUCUACGGGGUGUUCACGACGGCGUCCACCGGGCUGAUGGGCUCAGCGAUCUGCAUCUUCACCAUCGCGGACAUCCAGAAGGCCUUCGAGGGCAAGUUCAAGGAGCAGGCCACGUCCAGCUCCGCCUGGCUGCCCGUCAUCAGCUCCAAGGUCCCGGAGCCGAGGCCCGGCACGUGUGUCAAUGAUACGUCGUCGCUACCCGAUACUGUGCUCAAUUUUAUCAGAUCGCACCCGCUGAUGGACACGGCGGUGUCGCACGAGAACGAGAAGCCGAUCUACUACAAGCGCGACCUGUUCUUCACGCGGCUCGUGGUGGACCGGGUCAAGGUCGAGGUCAUGGGCCACAUGGGCCAGCUCGAGUACACCGUGUACUACGCCGGGACGAACGAGGGUAAAAUCCACAAAAUUGUACAGUGGACCCGCAACGGGGAUAGUCAGUCUGCCUUGCUGGAUAUAUUCGACGUGACCCCGGGAGAACCAAUUCAGGCGAUGUCUCUGUCGCGCGCGCACGGCUCGCUCUACGCGUCGUCGGACCGGCGCGUGCUGCAGCUGCGGCUGGCGCUGUGUGCGCGUCGCUAUGACGCGUGCGUGCGCUGCGCCCGAGACCCGUACUGCGGGUGGGAUCGUGACGCCGGGGUUUGCCGCGAGUAUGUGCCUGGCUUAAUCCAAGACGUGGCGAACGAAACAGCGGACAUCUGCGACUCAUCCAUCGCGCGCAAGUCCGUGGCGGCCACGUGGGGGCAGAGCCUGCACCUCGGCAGCUUCGUCAAGAUGCCCGAGGUGCUGCAGCCGCGGGCGGUGACCUGGUACCACUACUCAAGGGAGAAGGGGCGGCAUCCGAUCACGUUUACUCGACCGGAGAAGUACAUUGAGACGUCGGAACACGGACUGUUGAUCAUUUCUGUGAGCGAAGCGGACGCGGGGCGAUACGACUGCUGGCUGGGAGGGUCCCUGUUGUGCUCUUACAACAUCACUGUUGACACUCAUCGAUGCUCACCGCCGGAGAAGAGCAACGAAUACCAGAAGAUCUACUCUAACUGGUGCCACGAAUUCGAAAAGUAUAAGACAGCCAUGAAAACGUGGGAACGGAAGCAGGAUCAAUGCUCGAGACAAAACGACUCGAAUCAGAACGCGCACCCAAACGAGAUCGUGUGAUAGCUUCUAAACAUCGCCUAUCUCAUGUUCCAGUCAGUGAACUACUACGCCGGCGCCGUGCCCGUGCCGUACCUCACGGCCGGCCUCAGAUACUUCAACAUAUUCUCAUGAGACCAUCCACGAUAUACUCCGCUCCACAGAUACCUCUAGCGACUCCAUAGGUGUCGAGAUCCCGCUCAAGUACUAGUGAUUUAACCAGGUGCAACGCCAUCUAGUUAAAAAAUUUAAAAACAGUUUAACAGUGCAGUGAAUUUACUGUUCCCGUAAGGAUUGGAACAUGAGAGAAGGUGAUUGGUUAAAAUAAUUGGACUAAAAUUUCUACGGAUUUUUAAUAAAUAAUUUGAAAUUUAAAGGAAUGGUUAAUGAAAAGUUAUGGAUUGCUUGUUGGAAAUGUAAAAAGAGAUAUAGAAAUUGAAUUUUCGUAUAGUAUUGUAAGUACGCUUUGUUCGUUGGGUAAGAGUGUAGGAAAAUAAUUGUUAGACUUGUUUUUGUACGAGUUAAAUUCCUAAAUCAUGCAUUUAAGUACAUUUAUACUUGCCAUUAUUAUAAAUUUAUAUUUUGCCCCAUGUUUAAAGAGUAUUAGUAGUUAAUGACACCCGUGUUUUGUUUAUAAGUUAUUAUCAAAAAUUUUGUGUUCGUGCAAUGCGUCUUGAUUAAUUAAUAUAAAUUAAAUACAUGUUAAACGAUCAAGACUCAAUGAGCGCACUAAAAUGUUUCAAGUAUAGAAGUUAUAGAUAUUGCCGUGUGUUUGUAGAGUGCGCGGCAGUAAUUUGGAAUCUCUGAGGGUUGUGGGAGGGUACUCCUCAUUAUUUUCCCCCUAUCUGUGUAAAUAGUUACCUAAUUUCAUUCGACUGUACCUAUAAAUGUAAGUGUACGUACUUUUAGUAUGCACGUCCCUAAUCAUAAAAAACGAUAUUAUAAUUUAAGCCUGUGAUAUAUUAAGAGAACUCAUUUAGGAAAAUGUAAUUUUUAAUCUAAUGAUCGGAACGUUUUAAAUCAUAAUAAUCAUUGUGUCCAUCUUCGUAAUUGCCAUAUUUAUUUCCAUUCAAAAUAAAAUAACAAGGUGACAUAUCUUUCCUUCAAGUUGAACCGUGAAGAUGUAAUAAACU